CGAGCUUUUCGCAAAGGCUGGGGUUGUCGAGGUCGCUGAGGUUAUCUAUAACAGAGAAACCGAUCAAAGCCGUGGUUUUGGGUUUGUUACCAUGAGCACGGUUGAAGAAGCUGAGCAAGCUGUUGAAAUGUUCCAUCGUUAUGAUGUUAAUGGUAGGCUUCUAACUGUAAAUAAGGCAGCCCCAAGAGGAGCUCGCCCUGAGAGGCCAGCCAGAGAAUUUGAACCUUCUUUCAGGAUUUAUGUUGGGAAUUUACCAUGGCAAGUGGAUGAUGCUCGACUGGAACAAGUAUUCAGUGAACAUGGUAAAGUUUUGAGUGGAAGAGUUGUUUAUGACAGAGAGACUGGUCGUUCUCGUGGGUUUGGCUUUGUGACAAUGGCCACACAAACUGAAGUCGAUGAUGCAAUUGCUGCUCUUGAUGGACAGGAUUUGGAUGGUCGAGCAAUUAGAGUGAAUGUUGCCGAAGAAAGACCAAGACGUGCCUCCUUUUGAUUCAGAUGAGGGGAACAUUUCUGAAUCUUUGUAGUUCAGUUUUUAUUAAUGUGAGGAAUUUAUUAUGAUUCCUUUUACUUUUGUACUUGCGGCAUAGAGGGAUUAUUGUUAAUUUUUUUUUUCCGUAAGCGUCCUUUGUUUUUCACUUUUAUUUACUCUAUAUCCCAUGUGCAUUGGCAACUAAAAUAUUAAUCUUCUGAUGUACCUUGAUGUGGUGUGAGUACAUUCUUAGCUUUUUUUUUCC